UAAAAUACGAUUCACGACGACCAAAUCUCUUAAUCUUGAAUCCGGACAUACACGGGACAUUCAUGCACUCCUACACACCCUCCUCCUUCCCCUCCCACCUGCUGCCUGAGAUUAUAGAGCACGAUCACGCCGACCUAAUCUCUUCCAGAUCGAGUCGAUACACUUCAUCCAUGGAUUCCUUCUUUCUCCUUACCGCAGAAGCCCGAGGUCGGUUCCUCCAAAUCGCCGGUCGCCUCCUCGGCUGCACUUACGUCUGCGCAUGGUCUCCCGAUCUCUACCAUCCGGCAGCCAACCACUUGAUCUCCACGGAUGGAUGGCACCGUGAGGAAGACGGCGGUCACGCGAGCUCCUCGUCGGGAACGGGAAGCGUCUCGUCGAGGCUCUUCGACGCCUACCGCAGAUGCGUGUGCGGUAUCCGGAGAGGUUGCAUUCCUGGGUUGGCCUAUGAGGGCGGAUUGACCUACGCUGAGUUCAGCGGCGAUGAUUUGAUGAACUUGGCCUCGAUUCACGUACAAAGGCAGUUCUACCAGGAAGCUGGAAUAAAGACGGCAGUGUUUGUGGGGUGCAGAAGCGGAGAAAUCGAGUUAGGGAUGACGACGCCGCCGAAUCUAGAACUGCAGAUGGAUAUCUGCCAGGUUUUCGGUGAAGAGUUCAUUCGACGGUGGCAAUUACAAUCAGGCGAUCACCUGAUACCGCCGCCCGAACAGAGUUGGCGCUCGUCCUCCUCCUCGUCGCUGCGGUCUCCAUCGGCGGGAAGUCCCGAGAGCUCGUCUCUUCUCCCGACCAUAGCAGGUGCCGCCGCUUUCAUGCCUGACGUGGUUCUGCCGCACCAAAUGGCCAUGCCAACCUACAACCUUAUGUCUUUGCCGUCCUCCUCUUCUUCUCCGCUCAUGUACCAGCAAUUAGUGCUGCAACGACACCAUCCGAGUGGGGCAUUCGAGGCUUACAAUCCGACCGGUGCUAUGAGAGUCGAGGCCACGACGAACGUGGCUGGCCAAAGAAUGAUUAAGAAGGGGUUCGACGUGCUGAGAAGCAUAAGCACGGCGAGGAUGGAAGCUCCGACGCAGGAACACCGGCCGACAAGCGACCAGUUGCACCAUAUGAUAUCGGAGCGCAAGCGUCGGGAGAAGCUUAAUCAAAACUUUCAUGCUCUCAGGCUGCUUCUUCCGCCGGGGUCGAAGAAGGACAAGACAUCAGUGCUGGCAAACACGAAGAACUAUCUGAACUCCUUGAAAGCUCGAGUCUCCGAGCUCCAGGAGAGGAACCAAAUGCUAGAACUGCAGUUUCGGCCUACCGACGACGCCGAUGGAGUUACCGAUUCAGAUGAAGGAGUACGAGUCGAGAUCAGCCGAUCCGGCGCCGACGACUCUAACGCAUCAGAAUCCCAACAAAUCAACCUCAGGCUGGUCGUAAGGGAAGAAUGUGACAUGACAGAUUUGGUCGUCCGUACACUCGAAUGCCUGAAAGGGAUGAGCAAAGACGUGACGUUGGCAUCGGUGGCCGCGAGCACGAUGCCGCCACGGAAGUAUACAUGUGCAAGAUUCAACCUCCGGCUACGAGAAAAGGUGGGUGAUUGGGACGAGGCGUCGUUCAAGGAAGCUGUGGCCAGAGCUGUCGCUGAUGUGCUGGGACGAGGAGCAACCGCGAGCCCGUCACGAUCUUCACCAGCCCAUCGAUCUUGACCAAUCGCUUUUGAUU